AUGGCGUUUUCCCAUCCUUGGUCUGCUGCCUCUGUCUUCAGCACUUCCUCCAACGAGGACUAGGACCGCCGCAAUGAGGAUGUCGACCCCAUGGCCGCCUCAGCUGAGUAUGAGCUGGAGAAGAGGGUGGAGCGGCUCGAUCUCUUCCCUGUGGAGCUGGAGAAAGACUCCGAAGGGCUUGGGAUCAGCAUCAUCGGCAUGGGCGCAGGGGCUGACAUGGGCCUGGAGAAACUGGGCAUCUUCGUCAAGACGGUGACGGAGGGAGGAGCGGCCCACCGGGACGGCAGGAUCCAGGUGAACGACCUCAUCGUGGAGGUGGACGGCACCAGCCUGGUGGGGGUGACGCAGAGCUUCGCAGCCUCCGUGCUCAGGAACACCAAGGGCCGCGUCCGGUUCCUCAUCGGACGCGAGAAGCCAGGUGAGCAGAGUGAGGUGGCCCAGCUGAUCCAACAGACCCUGGAGCAGGAGCGGUGGCAGCGGGAGAUGAUCGAGCAGCGGUACACCCAGUACACCGAAGAGGAUGAGGAGACGGGCGAAUACGCCACGGACGAGGAGGAGGAGAUGAGCCCCAUGUUCCCCAGCAGCGAGAUGGCCAUCGAGGUGUUCGAGCUGGCCGAGAACGAGGACACGCUCUCCCCCGUGGAGAUGGACCCUGAAAAGCUGGUGCACAAAUUCAAGGAGCUCCAGAUCAAGCACGCUGUCACUGAGGCCGAGAUCCAGCAGCUCAAGAGGAAGCUGCAGUGCCUGGAGCAGGAGAAGGCCCGGUGGCGGGCUGAGAAGGCCCAGCUGGAGCAGAGUGUGGAGGAGAACAAGGAGCGGAUGGAGAAGCUGGAGGGGUACUGGAUGGAGGCGCAGAACCUGUGCCAGGCUGUGGAUGAGCACCUCAAGGAAACACAAGCCCAGUACCAGACCCUGGAGCGCAAGUACAGCAAGGCCAAGAGACUCAUCAAGGAGUACCAGCAAAAGGAGAUCGAGUUCCUGAAGAAGGAGACGGCCCAGCGGCGUGUGCUGGAGGAGUCAGAGCUGGCCCACAAGGAGGAGAUCGAGAAGCUGCAGGAGAAGGUGGGCACCGGGCGCCGGGAUGCGGGCUGUGUCAGCGCCCCCCGGCCACCCCGCCCCCGCCUGCGAGACAGCGCCAGCUCCACCGAGGGUGAAGAUGGGCCUGAGAGGAGGCCGGCCAGCCCCACUGUGGGGCUGGAUAAGAAAACGCGGAGGAAGUUCCUGGAUCUAGGGGUGACCCUCCGCCGGGCAUCCUCCAGCAAGAGCAAGAAGGAGAAGGGAAGCAACCGCCUGUCAAUGGGCAGCAGGGAGGUGGCAGAGGGCCCUGGCCGCCCCUCGGGCUCGCCCUUCUUGCCCUUCUCCUGGUUCUCGGACGGCACAAAGGGCUCGGCCUCCCCGGGCACUGCUUCGCCCGCCAGCUCGCCCCGGCACGAGGGCCUCAGCCCUGCCAAAUCUGCCUCCCAGGAAUCGACGCUGAGUGAUGACUCCACGCCACCCAGCUCCAGCCCCCGGCUGCCCAGUGGCACAACGGCCACCAAGUGCUCCUACCCCUAUCACACACUGUCGCAGUCCUCCGAUGAGUUCCUGGAUGAGCCCCCCGGCGCAGCUGCAGGCUGGACAUGCCAGCAGGUCGGGCAGUGGCUGGAGAGCCUCAACCUGGAGCAGUACGUGGACGAGUUCUCAGCCCAUGGGGUUGACGGUCCCCGGCUCCUGCACCUCGACAGCGCCAAGCUCAAGGCACUGGGCGUGAGCAACUCGCAGGACCGCGCAGUGCUCAAGCGGAAGCUGAAGGAGCUGAGCCUGGCAGUAGAGAAGGAGCGCAAGGCCCAGGAGAAGGCAGAGAAACAGCGGGAGAAGCAGAAGAAGAAAGAUCAGGAGCAGCGGAGGAGUUAGAAGGGGCCAGGAGUGCCCCAGCACCCCUUCCCCUGCCUGCAGCCUCCAGGAUGCCUGGGGGGCACCAGACUCCAGCACGGGACACGCCGACCGUAGCGAAGGGACCGUGGUGCCAGGCCAAGACGGGAACAGAGCAGCACAUGCCCCCCUCCUCCAUGCGCCCCCUCCCCACCUGCACCCUCCACCCCACGGGCACAGACCGGGGCCUGGGCCCCUCUUCCGGAUGCAAAUGGCACGUCAGCCCCCACCCUGUCCCCAACACCUCUGGCUGCCCCACGCCCCAAAGGGCCUAGGGGUCCCAGCCACCCCUCCACCCUGGCCCCCACCCCCCGGCACGGUGCAGCACCGGCCGAGGACAGUGCAUGGCCUGGCACCCUCAAACGCACGCAGCCCAAGUCAGGAUGUGGUAAGCGAACGCUGAUCCCCCCCCUUUCCCAUAUAAAACCAAACCGACCCGGCCCGCCAGUGGCA